AUGGAUAAGCGUUUAUCUAUCGUCUGGGAUAACCGUCUCUGGACCGCCCUCUCCAUCGUCAUCGCGGCGAUCGGCCUGGUGGUGCUGCUUAUUUUCGCGAUCAACGCGUUUUGGUGCCACCGCCGUUUGCUUCGGACGGCAAACCAGCAGGCGAACCAGAACAAUAACGUGAAUGCGAACGUGCGUGGGCGCAAUGUUCGCGGAAGGUCUGGUCAGACUCGUCCUGCUUCUGGUACUGCUACUACUGCUACUGCUACUGCUGGUGCUACUGCUACUGGUGGAAAUGGCAAUGCUGAAAGUAUUGAAAUGCAGUGA